AUGAAGUUACAGCAGUAUAUCAACUCGUUCAUCGAACCAUUACAUCAUGAAGAACCAGCAGGUCUGAUCAGGCUACUGUCCUUGCAUAACAAGACAUCUAGGGGUCUGACAGAUACAGUAGGACACAUAGACGAACGACGUCUGAACAACCCUGGUCACUCCUUACCUGAGCCAUGGGAUGGAAUAGCCAAAAGGCAUUGUGCAUGUGUAUACGCCUUGUACACUAAGAAAGAUUAUCAGGAAGCCUAUACACAUCAGAAUGCUUUGCUCAGUCUGUUUUACCGAUGGUUCCAAGAUCAAUCAGCAUGGGUAUUACCAGUCUUAUACGUCUUACUACAGGAUCUAAGGGAUCUGGCUGAGCAGGCAGAUCAAGUGACAUACUCUAGUACAGGUAAAAUGCCUUCUUUAGAAGAAUGUACGAGGACAGUCAGUAAAGCCUUUUCAAUGUGUGCGACGGAUAGAACAUUCAAAGGAUCAGAAUCAAGGCGUAAUGGCGUAUAUCACGUAGCAUGUCUAAGUCUGAAAUGUUAUUUCAAGGUCGGAAAACCUAACUUGUGCAAGAAUAUAAUCAGAGCCGUAACGUCUGAUUCCAAAACACCUCCAAUCGAAGAAGCGCCAUUAAACGAUCAGGUCACAUGGCAUUUCUACAUCGGAAUGUUGGCGUUCUUGAACGGUGAAGAUAAAAAGGCCGGAGAAGAACUAGAAUGGGCUUCAUUGAAUUGUCCAGUCGACGCUCACCGCAAUCAAGAGCUUAUUCUCACAUACCUCAUCCCUCUUCACUUGCUACGCGGCUCCCUUCCUUCCCGUCGUCUACUAUCCUUACAUCCACGAUUGGAAGAACUCUUCUUACCGUUCAUCAAUGCGAUCAAGUCAGGAGAUGUUCGAGAGUACGAUGAGAGGCUAGAUUGGGCUCAACAGCGGUUGGUAGGGAUGAGCACGUACUUGGUCAUGGAAAGAGCUAGAGAAGGAGGAUUACGGAUGUUAUUCAAAAAAGCCUGGAUAGCAUCAGAUAAAUCGACGAGAAUACCCAUAACCACCUUCCAGAUUGCCCUGAAGAUACAUGGUGUGGAUGUGGAUUCGGAUGAAGUGGAAUGUAUGGUAGCCAAUAUGAUAUAUAGGGGCUACAUGAAAGGCUACAUAUCACAUGAGAAGCAGAUGGUGGUUUUGGCCAAAACGAAUCCUUUCCCUAAUCUAUCGACCAUAGUACGAUGA